CCUCGCGCAGAAUCCUCGCUUCCUAAAAUCUCAAGAUAGAUUAUCCUUUUCAUCUCCAAGAAACUAAACUAGAGUGUGAUUAGAAAAGAUGAGUACACGAAGACGCCCAGCAGCGCCGAGAUCAUCGUCAAGUGGUAUGACGGAAAACGAGAAGAAGAUCCUAGGCUUUAUACGUAGCAAGCAAGGCAUGGGUGCAACUAAAUACGAGAUUACAGCAGGGACAAGCAUCCAACAAGCCCUCGUAACAAAAGCCACCACUUCUCUCAAGAAGAGCAAACUCAUCAAAGAGGUUUCAAACAAAGGGGGCAAACACUUUCUUGCAGUGGAGUUCGAGCCUUGUAAGGAGCUACAAGGUGGGGAUUGGUACGUCGAUGGAGCUCUUGACGUUUCCAUGAUCGAAGAUCUCAAGGAGAUUUGUGUCAAUAUACUGGAGAGGCUUAAGCAAAAGGUUGUUACACUUGAGGUUAUAUGUUCGUGUUUUCAAAAGGCUAGUAGAGAUGAGUACAAGUUGAGUAGAGAUCAGACUAAGGUGAUACUCGAUAACUUGGUUUUGGAUAAUGUUAUCAUGGAGGUGAAGAGCAAUGGGUCGAGUGAGCAUUCCGCUUUGAGAAUCGGUGAAGUUUGGUAUAAACUGAUCGGUAAAAAAUCAGGUGGUGGUGAAGCUAGAGAUGGAGCUUUUGCUUCUAUACCUUGUGGGGCUUGUCCACAUAUAGGGCUUUGUACACCUGAUGGGGCCAUCUCUCCAACAACAUGUGUUUAUUAUCAGAAGUGGUUAGACUUUUAGCUUCUUUUUUUUCGGUUUUAAGUUUGA